AUGACAUAACAUAUAAUUAUCUUGUCGGAGAAGGAGAUGGAGAUGGAGAUGGAGAUGGAGAUGGAGAUGAUCGACUAUGUCAUGUUUCCAACCUAGAUGUUGAAACCGGUCAAGCUGUUAGUUAACCAACUCCAUAGAAAUUCUGCAGCUCAACACUGAAGCAUAAAUAUGGAAGAGAAAGGCAUAAAAAGAGUAGAAGAGUUUGCUGAAUUAUCAGUCGUUGCUGUGGCUAUAACUGGAAGUAGAAAAACCAAACAUGUGAUCACUUGGGCACUGGAUAAAUUUGUUCCAGAAGGAUUAGUUCACUUCAAGCUGCUGCACGUCCGCCCUCUCGUAUCGAGCAUCCCAACUCCGAUGGGUAAUUUUAUUCCAAUUUCUCAAGUUCGAGAUGAUGUAGCAGCCGCGUAUAGAAAGGAAGUGGAGUGGCAAGCAGCAGAGAAGCUUCUACCUUACAAAAGAAUGUGCAGUCAAAGAAAGGUGCAAGUCGAAAUUGCACAGAUAGAGUCGGAUGAUGUUGUCGCUGCAAUAACUGGGGAUAUUCAGAACCAUAGGAUUAGUAAACUUGUUAUUGGUGCUUCGUCUCGCAGUAUUUUCUCAAGGGCACGCACACUCUCCUCGAAUAUAGCAGAACGCUGUCCGCCUUUUUGCACUGUAUAUGCUGUUUCCAAAGGGAAACUAUCAUCAAUGCGGCCAGCAGAUUCAGAAACAAACCAGAGCUUUAGAGAUGACAGCAGCGAAACAAGUUCCAUUAAUUCGUCAACCAAUACUUGGAGCUCACGAUCAGAUCGGACAGACCAAGGCUCAUUCGCUCAUUUCCGCUCUGCUUCACUGCCCAUGCAGCGCUUCCAAGCUCUUUCCACCUUUAAUCUGCCUCUUCUUCAUAAUAGAGCGCCUUCAAAUGGAGUCGUGGAUCCUAAAAAUCUAUGUCUGGAUGCUCAAGCAAGUAACGCGACAAACCUUUUCUCCAAUGAUUUAGAUGUCAUCGACAAAACUUGCCAGGCCUCCUCCAGCUUCACAAGCUCAGUAGCAGAGAAUUCUUUGCUGCAACACGCGUCGACUUCUGAGACCUCUACCAAGGAUCAGGAUGAUGUCAAUUUUGAGCUAGAAAAAUUGAGGAUCGAACUCAGACAUAUCCGAGAAAUGUAUGCAAUGGCCCAAGGAGAGGCUAUUGAUGCUUCUAGAAAGUUAAACGAACUUCAGAAACGCCAUCUAGAGGAGGAAAUUCAUCUCAAACUCGAACUUUUUAAGGAGGAAGAAGCCAAAGAAUUGGCCAGACUGGAGAAAAAGAGAUAUGAAGAUGCUUCAAGAGAAGCUGAAAUUGUUAAGGAAUGUGCUAAAAGAGAAGCAAUGGAAAGAAAAGAGGCAGAGAUCCAAGUUUCUCGUCAAAUGAAAGAAAAAGAAAAUCUUGAAAGCAUCUUGAAUGGCCAUUUCUCUCAAUACCGUCAGUAUACAUGGGAGGAAAUUAUAUCUUCCACGUCAUCAUUUUCUGAAGAUCUUAAAAUUGGAAUGGGAGCAUAUGGAACUGUAUAUAAAUGCAGUUUUCAGCAUACAACCGCGGCGGUGAAAGUCCUUCAUGCUAAGGAAGGAGGCAGAGUGAAACAAUUUGAGCAAGAGCUGAAAAUAUUGAGCAAAAUCCGUCAUCCGCACUUGCUGAUUCUGUUGGGUGCAUGUCCCGAGCAAAGUUGCUUGGUGUAUGAGUUCAUGGAGAAUGGUAGCCUUGAAGAUAGACUGUUCAGGAAAAAUAAGACUCCUCCACUUUUAUGGUUUGAUCGCGUCCGAAUUGCUUGGGAAGUAGCUUCGGCUCUUGUCUUCCUUCACAAUUCAAAGCCAAGAGCAAUCAUACAUCGUGAUCUAAAGCCGGCAAACAUACUGCUUGAUCGCAACUUUGUGAGUAAAAUCGGAGAUGUUGGUCUUUCGACUAUGGUUAGCGAAGAUUCUGUUUUGUUAUCCACUGCAUACAAGGACACUGCUCCAGUGGGCACAUUGUGCUAUAUCGAUCCCGAGUAUCAAAGAACAGGCAUAGUCUGCCCCAAAUCAGAUGUUUACGCCUUUGGAAUGGUUGUCCUACAGCUGCUGACAGCAAAACCAGCUAUCGCCCUUGCUCAUAAAGUGGAAAACGCAGUGGAAGAUGACCGAUUGUUGGAGGUACUAGAUACAGAGUGCGGUGCAUGGCCGAUUGAAGAAGCAAAGGGCUUAGCUCUCAUUGCAUUGAAAUGCACUGAGCUUAGACGAAGAGAUAGACCUGAUUUACAAGACGAAGUUCUUCCCGUUUUGGAGAAACUGAAAGACGCCGCUGAGAGAGCUCGGGAUAAGACAUUAGUUUCUGCACCACCACCUCCUAAACACUUCAUGUGCCCCAUUCUCAGAGAAGUAAUGAGUGAUCCUUGUGUUGCUGCGGAUGGCUAUACAUACGAGAGAAAAGCGAUUGAGGCUUGGCUCGCGGAGAAAGAUACAUCUCCUAUAACCGAAUUACCGUUGCCCCACAAGCACCUAAUUCGUAGUUUUGCCCUUCUUUCUGCUAUUAUGGAAUGGAAGCAAACAUAAACUUCAUUUCAUUUUUUUGAGUUUAGUGAGUGUAUUUUAUAGGUUUAUAUGUCAAGUGUGAAGCAGACAACAAACUUGUGUUUCCUAAAAUAUUAUCCUGAACUUCAACUGUAAA